UACUUAUUCAUUCCUUUAAAAUAUAUAUUUAAAUGUAUUAAUCGCACAUCGCGGGAAUACAUAUCGAUUGGGAGAAUCGAUCUAUCGUUUACAAAAAUAUCUGCAACUCGAAUAGAAAGAAAAAUAGGAAGAACAAUAUUAUUGUUGUGUUUUCAUUUAUUUGUCAAUUUACUAUAUCCGUAUUAGUUCGUUAAAAUUUAAAAUAGAUAAAUCUUCUAUUAUCUAUUUUUGUAAUAUGUCGUUAAACUUUUCUAACCUAUAAUACAUUUAUGUAUAAGUUAUAUAUCUACAGAGAAUUUUACUGGUUUUGAAAUUUUUUAAGUGAUAAUAAAUAAUAUACAUAUAAAUUUAUUAUUUUAUGGAUCUAUAACUUAUAUUAUUAUAAAAUGGAACGUCCAUGGAAAAAUUCUGAUGAAGAAUUAGAGAAUAGUAUUCUUAGCUUUGCCAAAGUUCAUGAUGGUUUAGUUUAUUACAAGAAGUCUAAAGCUAUUUUAAGAAGAGAUUUCAAUGAUUUAGUUGGUAAAGUUAAAUUAGUAUCUGGCGGAGCAAGUGGAAAUGAACCGGCUUUUAUUGGUUUUGUUGGGCCUGGUAUGUUGACUGCUGCAGUUUGUGGACAAAUUUUCUCAGCACCAUCAGUCGGUGCUAUAUUAAAAAUCAUUAAAGUAGUUGCCCUAGAUUAUUCUGGUGUUCUGUUAAUAGUCCUAAAUUAUCCAGGACAUCGUAUUAAUUUUGGAUUAGCCAAAUUACGUGCAGAAGGUAUGGGCGUAAAUGUGAAAAUGUUAGUUGUUGGAGAUGAUGUAUGCAUAGAAGCUAAAGCCAUAGAAAAAAGAGGUUUAGCUGGUAUAUUAUUCAUAAUUAAAAUAGCUGGUGCGAUGGCAGAAAAUGGAGAAAAUUUAGAAACUAUUUAUAAUGUAUGCAAUAGAAUUGUAAAUAGUGGAGAAAUUGCAACUAUGAGCAUAGGCAUGAAAUUACCAUUUUUUUCUGAAGAGAAUUCACGUUCAAGGAAUAAAAGUUCAAGGAACAACAGUUCUGAUGAAAGUUCUGCUGAUGAGAUGAAAACAGGAUAUGGUAUUCAUGGUGAAUUGGAUGGUCGUUCAUUAGGAAAAAGAUCCUUUGAGGAUCUUGUUUAUGUUGUAAUGGUUCGUUUAAUAUUUACAUCUAUAAGCGCACCAGAUAACGAAGAGCCACCUAGAAGGUUUCCGAUUGACCACAAUGUAGCUGUUCUGGUAAACAAUCUUGGAGCCAGCAAUCAGAUAGAAUGCAAUCUAUUUACAGCUGAAAUUCUUAAACAACUAAAAAAUUAUAAUUUAACGGCGAAAAGAGUAUAUAUAGGUCAUUUAAUGACUUCAUUGGAUUCUUUUGGUUUUCAAGUCUCAUUGUUAAAUCUUUCCAUUUAUCCUGAUCUAAUUAAAUAUCUUGAUAGUCCAACAUUAGCACCUGCUUGGCCAAAAGUAUUAACCGCUAAAAUGCUUGGAUAUGAAAAAGAUGAUUAUUCACUGCCAAAUACUCUAGAUUAUUACGAGAGUACUGUACCUUAUAUGAAGCCUAAAGGACCUAAGUUAGAUGAUAGAAGUGGAGAAGGACUUUUAACUUGUAUACUAUUUGCAUGUGAUGCAUUGAUAAGUUGUACAGAACAAUUGAAUAGAAUGGAUAGAGAAUUUGGCGAUGGCGAUUGCGGUAAAACAAUUGCUCGAGGAGCAGAUGCUAUAAAAGAUGCAAUCCAAAUGAAAAAAUUGAGGAGUACUACAAAUCCUUUUCUCAUCUUUACAGAUAUAAGCUGUAUUAUAGAAAAAGAAAUGGGCGGAGUGCAAGGAGGAUUAUAUUCCAUAUUUUUUUAUGCUGUUGCUAAGGCGUUUAGUGAAGCCGACGAUAAGAUAACAUCUCGUACAUGGUUGAAUGCAUUAACUGAAGGAAAUAAAGUUAUAUCGGAAUUUGGACAAGUAUCAUUUGGAGACAGAACAAUGCUAGAUCCUUUAAUUGCUGCACAAAAUGAAUUAUCUAGUGCAUUAGAUGCAAAAAUGCAUCCUAUUGAAGCAUUUGGACAAGCUGUUAAAGCUGCAGAAAAAUGUGCUGCUCAAACACUAAACGUACGAGCAUAUCGUAGACGAACUAAUAACUUUGUAUGCCUCCAAAAAUUUAAAAAUCCUGACCCUGGGGCACAUGCUAUUGGUAUAUGGAUGAGAGCUUCAUAUGAAGGUGUAAAAUUAAAGUUUGCUUGUCAGUGUGGAAUGGAAUGAUAUUGGAUCGGAAUCUUAUUCAUGAUAUUUCUGAGAAAUCCUAUAAAUUCAAAUAAGUUAUAUUUAGGUUUCAUAACAUCCACGAUAUACGCAUUCGCCCAUUGAUACAUACCAACAUACGUACACACAUUCAACUUAUUAUUGACAUAACGAACGUUUUAUUAUAUUUUGAAAAAUGAAUACAUGAAAUAGACAUAUAGAAUAUUAUAAUUGUCAUAAGGGCCACAAUUUGAAAACAGAGAUCCUUUGUAUUUUUACUGAAACUAUCAACUUCAUGUUUAUAAUUCUUUUGAACACAUAAUUUUAAAAAGGGAUUUUAUACGAGCAUCCAUUAAUCGAUAAUGAUUUUCUACUUAUACAGUUGCAUAAUCUUUAGGAAUAUCUCAUCUAUUAGAUAUAUCUUUAUAAUUAAUUUAAUGUGAGAUGAACAAGCACGUAUAUCUAGAUAUUUUAUCAUUUAAAUUUCUUCAAAUCGAUUGAAAUUGUAGCAAACUUUUGAUAGAUCUCGUUCUUUGAUUUUAAAAUUUAUACAUUUUAAACUUUCAUCUUUGGCAAUCACUAUAGGCACUAUACAGAGACAAUACAUCAAAUUUGUUUCUUUCGGCGUGUGUAUAACAUAUAUAUAUAUAUAUAAUUGAUGUUAGAAAAAAUACUAAUUAUACCAAGUAAUAUCAGAACACGCGAUAUUUUGUGUUUUACGUGUGGUAAUAUAUCUGUGGUCGAAUCACUUGGACUUUAAAUUUAUUUUUUAACAAAAUUUCAAAUAGUUGUUCAUUAUCAGUCUUUGCCGAUAUUAUUGCACAUGAAUCUAAAUACAUAAGCCUAUAUUAUUGGCUUUUGUCAUAUCCUUUAAAUAUAUUAUUGUAAAGCAUAUAAAUUUCGUUACAAAAUGUUUAUCUUUUUCGUCGAUAAAUAUAAUAUAUGUAUAUAUUU